AUGGCAAAUUACAGCAGCACCGGUUCCAGCACCAGCACCAGUAGCGACGCCAGCAAUUCUCUCGGCCUCAAGAGCAAAAUAUCGUCAACAACCCAAGCCUCGUUGAAGAUAACUCCUGCAAAUUCCCCUGUCCUCAAACCAGCUUCGAACUCAAGAAACCAGUACAAAUCAACAAGUUAUCUCACCACACUUUCCCUCCAAACCGUUAUCGGCACAACCACAUCAAGCUCGAACGGCUUUUCAUAUCACGAACCCUCUCGUUCUUUUGCCCUCUGCGCAGGCUCUGCUGCCGUUCUCGCUGAGCUAGAUGAAGACCUGUCCGUCUCUCAGCGUUUCUUUCGAGCACGACCAACAGCCACCAGUGUCAACCCCGUCCUUUCAUUCUAUAAUCCUCCGGGUCCACCAACCACUCCAGAAUCACGACUUAGACCACCGCAGGCCUCGCUACGGUUGUCCACAUCGGUUAACUCGCCUAUAUUUUCCAAUUCUCCAAAUGCAGCAGAGUGGGCGGAGAGCAUUGCGUCGAAAUCAUGGACAUCGCGGGAGAGGAUAAAGGCUGUUACCAGUGUUUCCAUCAGUCCCAAUGGCAGGUUUCUAGCUGCCGGAGAGACGGGAUAUAAUCCUCGUAUCCUCUUGUUUUCCACAGCCAAGGAUUCUUCUGCAGACGUCCCCCUCUCAAUAAUCACGGAACACACCUUCGGCGUUCGAAGCCUUGCUUUCAGUCCUAACUCUCAAUUCUUGGCCAGUUUAGGUGAUAUUAAUGACGGGUUUCUUUAUAUAUGGCAGAUUAACCUUCGAAAUGGCUCUGCGAAACUUCACUCAACGAAUAAAUGUACAUCGUUUGUUCGAGAUAUGUGUUGGAUGGGGAAUAAUCUGAUCACCAGCCCACUACCGGUGGCCUUGUCGGGGAGAAACUGCCUCUUGGGAAAUUUGCACCAAAGUACAUUCACGUGUGUCUCUAGCAUUUCCGACACCGAAGCAGUUAUUUGCUCUGAUUCAGGGGUUGUUUGCUUCCUGGAUGACUCUAAUAAUCAGCAAAAGCUUCAAUAUGUUAAAAGAUUUGAUAUCGGUGUUUCAUCCGUUGUUGUUGAUAGCAACUCUGGUUUCAUUUGGUUCGGUGGUCGUAGCAGGCAGCUGGAGAAGUGUUCGAUUGACGAGAUGAGAUCCUCUCCAAUGAUUUCGCCAACUUCGGCAAACAUUGAUACCCAACCGUGCCCGACACCAAAAAAGGCUUCCAUUGUUUCCAUGGGUAUAAUUGAUACACAUAUGAUUACAGUUGACUCAUCCCGGACCCUUCGCAUAUGCCCUCUGGACCCAUUGAGUAAGGACAACAUUGAGAGUGUGGCAGAUGUCUCCGUAUCUGCGCACCGGGAUUCAGUAUUGGGUAUUAGCACGGUUGAGACCCCUAAUAGCAAAUCGUCGGACUUUUUUACCUGGUCAUGUGGUGGGACAGUCAGAUUUUGGAAUGUUAAUGGAACUUGCUGCGACACAUAUAAAGUGGACUUGGAGCAGAUUUCAGACGAGGAUGAGGAUGCCAACGAACUAAAGGUUUUACGUGCCACAGGUGGUAUAAAAAUGUUCGUUUCUGGAGAUAGAUAUGGGGUAGUCAGAAUGGUCCAGUUAUUCAAAAGUAAAGACUAUUCAAUUGAGGUAAUACAAACCAUGGAUGAACAUGUUGGUGCAGUUGGGCAGCUACUAUUCACCAAAGACGGGAAAAGGCUACUAUCUUCUUCGGCAGACAGGACAGUUAUUAUUCGCGAAAGAAUGACCCGAGAGGAUGACAGUGGCUCUACGGUUGCGUUCCUUCUCUCAAAAGUCAUAACACUGAAGGCGUCACCAGUUUCGAUAGUGACCCCCCCUGGUGAUCCAGACACGCUUAUAUUAUCCACGAUAGAUCGGCUGAUACAGAGAUACCACAUACCAUCUAGCCGUCAGGUACAUUCUUUUCGUGUUCUUGACCCUGAAAGCGGUGAUACUGCUGUCAUGAGCUCUCUCAUUCUUGAAAAGGACUACCCCGAAUAUGGCCCACGACUUCUGAUUGGCGUAUCAACAACCGAUAAAUCCAUCAGGGUAUAUGACUCGGAGAAGGAUACCCUCCUUACCCGAGAGUUUGGCCAUACUGAAGGAGUCAGUGACGUUGUCCUUCUUGAAAGCAAUGAGCCAAACUCUACAGGCGCAAUCAAAAGGACCCUCAUUAGCACCGGCCUGGAUGGGGUAAUUAUGGUUUGGAAUCUCUCUACCCAACAGCAAUAUUUGCAAGAAAGUCCGCACCUUCUUCCCCACCCUGAAGAGGAGACUCCAACAAAGGAACUUACGGCAGCUAAACCCCCGCUCCGCCGUAUCCUUUCAAAGACGGAAUUGGCUGGUUUCCAAAAGUCCGAUAAUGUUCUGACAACACCAACCCCGGUGCGUGACUCUCCUCCGCGUAUCCGCAAGAAGACGUCCAGAUAUACGCUAGGAGGUGGUUUAAAAAACGGCGUCAAUGGUGUAUCAACAGUAUCUACACCGCCUCUUCCUCCUCGCCGAUCUCCCACUGCCCCAUAUUCCGAUAGCAGAAACCAGGCCAACCGCUCUCCAUCACCACCCAGCCCCCGGCACAUGUCCAAAACAGUAGCCAACAAAACAAGCAGUGGAAGCCUCCGUGCCAAUGGCAGCGUACGACGGCCAUCGAUGCUCGAAGUUCGCACUCGCACCUCUAGUAAACCGAACUGGAAUUCAUCUCCUAAUAGCAACUCGCCUAGUGAAUUUGGAAGCCUUAACAUGUCCACCGAGCAAGUCUGCCGUACGCUCCGUGCGUAUCGCAAAAAGCUUAACGUCUCAUCUGAUAAAUUUAACCUUCAGGGAGCCAGUGAACUCGAGCGAGAACUCGAUCUAACUGUCCGCUCGUUGGGUGACAAAAUGAAGAAGACCCAACUAAACGGGACGAAAAGUGACUCCCACUCCAAUGGAAACACGCCAACCGCCUGCAGAAACAAAGAUCUUUCGCCACUAGCUUCAAAGCAAGGCCGAACAGCCCGUCGGAUACCCUCAACGCCUAAUCUAAGCCAAGCGCGGAAGUGCAAAGGACAUCGAACGAACUCACUAGAUGCAGAUGGAGAAGGAUAG